ACAUAUAAGCUGGUUCAAAAUUUGAUUUAUCUUGUGAAUACGAAGAACAAUAUGAUUCGACUCAGUUCUAAUUUGACAUUUUUAUAUGAAAUUCCUUAGAACGGUGAAGCAAUUUUCUUCGAUGACUACUUUUGUAAUUUUCCUUUCCCCGUCGUUUUCAUGAUAUUUGGCCGGCCGUCGCUUCUUCCUUCCAAACUAGACAAAACAAAACCCAGCAUCGAAAAUCAGACAAAUCCCCGGCCAUGUCCAACGUCGUCGUCCUCGACAACGGCGGAGGCCUGCUAAAAGCCGGCCACGCCGGCGACGACGAUCCCACCACCGUAAUCCCCAACUGCCUCUACCGCCCGCUCUCCUCCAAAAAAUUCAUCCACCCUUCCCCUCUCUUCCCCUCCUCCACCGCCACCGAAGACCUAACCUCCGCCGCCGUCCGCCGCCCAAUCGACCGCGGAUACCUAAUCAACCCGGACCUCCAGCGCGACAUCUGGAGCCACCUCUUCUCCACCCACCUCAAAAUCUCGCCUCCCAAUUCCACGCUCCUCUUGACCGAACCCUUAUUCGCCCUGCCUUCGAUUCAGCGCGCCGCCGACGAGCUCGUCUUCGAGGAUUUCGGGUUCAAAUCGCUCCAUGUCGCCGACCCGGCGAAGCUCGUCCACAUCUAUGAAGCUAAUCGACAACCUCACGGCUUGGCUGCCACAGCCCAGUGUAGCCUCGUCGUCGAUUGCGGCUUCUCCUUCACCCACGCCACACCAGUCUACCAGAACGUCGCCCUCAGCUACGCCGCCAAGAGAAUCGAUCUUGGCGGGAAGGCAUUGACGAAUUACUUGAAGGAGCUGGUUUCUUACCGGUCGGUGAAUGUGAUGGACCAGAGCUUCAUUAUCGAUGAUGUCAAGGAGAAGCUCUGCUUCGUUUCAGAUGAUGUUGCUCGCGAUUUGCAGAUUGCUAGGAGGAGAGGGAAGGAUAAUCUGAUGAGGUGUACUUAUGUAUUGCCUGAUGGGGUAACACACACAAACGGUUUUGUUAAGGAUGAGAAGGAGGCAGAGGGAUACAAAAUGUUAAGCUUGGAGAAUAUUGAGGAUCAUGGUGAUUCUGGGGAGAGGGUUCAAGAUAGGAAGAAGUCCGAUUUGAACAAAAAUGAGUUUGACUUGACGAAUGAACGAUUCCUUGUCCCGGAGAUGCUGUUCCACCCAGUGGAUUUGGGUUUGAAUCAAGCUGGGCUUGCAGAAUGCAUAGUUCGAGCAGUCAAUGCUUGUAGUUCUCUUCUUCACCCUGUUCUCUAUGAGAGCAUUAUUUUAACCGGUGGAAGCACAUUGUUCCCUCGAUUUGCUGAGAGACUCGAGUUAGAACUGAGGCCGCUUAUUCCUGAGGACUAUCACUUGAAGAUAAUAACACAAGAAGAUCCCAUAUUAGGUGUAUGGAGAGGUGGAUCAUUUCUGGCAUCAAGUCCUGAGUUUGAAGGAACUUGCGUCACAAAGGCAGAGUAUGAAGAACUCGGAUCUGCUAGGUGUAGGCUGAAAUUUUCUCAUGGCAAAGUUUGAGAAGUGUUAGAUCAGGUUUUAAUCUUUCUAUCAAGGGUCCCAUCGACUUCCUAGUCGAAAAGAUUCUUUACCUGCUGCUGCUGCUAUGCUUACUUCUACCAGAGGUGCGAGUUGACAUGAAAGUGGAGUCGGUCAGAUCCAUAAGUUUGCAGCAAUAAGCAGGCAUAGAAAGAUUCAAGUGGUACUCUGCAACGCGGGCAAGCACCAUUUCCCUCUCGCAGUCUGAAGAUAUCUAUACUUGCAGAAGUUUAUGGCUUACAGCGAUUGUGAAUUUAGCACUUUGCAGAGGGGCGCCCUGACCCGUAGCAGAAGGUUAUUAGUUUGAGUAAGAUGGAGACUACGCUAAUUUAGAUUCUAGUGUCGCCUAGAACAAGAACAGAAAAAAUAAGACUAAAAAAAGUGACAAUUGGGUUAUUGGUUUUCUUAUUGGAAGAUUAAUUUAUACUAGUUUUUUGACUCGCGCUCCACAUCGGUUAUCUAAUAAUAGUUGAAAUAAAAA